AUGGAUCCAGAUUUCGCAAGCAACGCACCUGUCACUCCUCUUUCUAACGCCGAAAAGUCUGAGCAACUCAGAGACAUGGAAGCUCAGAAGAGUGACCAAAUUGACCGAAUUGCAACAUCAGUUCAAGUCCAAAAGAAGUUGGCGUACGGAAUUAAUACCGAGAUUGAGGAACAAGCGCCACUGUUAGACGAAAUCACAGACAAAAAUAGAGCAGUCGACACUCACAUUCAAAAAACAACGAAAAAAGUCGACACGGUUAGAUUGCGCGCAGCAGACAAAGUCUCAAUUCUGGUGAUAGGAAUUUUGUUGGUCUGCCUCGUCAUCGUUAUUUUGCUCGCCAUUUUCCUUUGA